AUGGGCCUGCUCGGCGCAUUGAUCAGGGGCCGCGGUGGCCGCCGACGUCGGGGCCGCGGCAACGGAGGGGCAGCUUGCCUGGCCAGCGCCGCCGCCGAGUGGGUCGCGCGCCCGCUCGCCGCGCACAAGCGCGACGACGGCCUCGAGGACGACGCCGAGGCGCCGCUUCCUCGGGCACGCCGCCGCAUCUGCGAGCCCUGCCACGGCAUGCCAGACCGACGGUCCGUAGCGUCCGUGGACGGCAUCCUGCUCGAGGACGACGGCGAGGCGGGCCGUGGAGGUGGAGACAGAGGCAGAGCCUCCCCUCGAAGCCGCAGGACUCGGAGCAGCAGGACUGACGAUGAGAAGCAGCUCCUGAAGAAAAUUGAGAGGCAGCAGAAAGAUGCGGAUGUCACGGCCAAAGCACAGAAGAUGCGACAUCAGGAGUACGCGAAGCUGCAGAUAUUGAAGUCGAAGUCUAGUGCCGAGCUGCUGGAGAAUGCGUUUACCCUAAUCGACGAGGACUGGACAAACGACAUCGAUGUGUUGGAAGGAAAUGUGUACAGUAUUGGAGCCUUCGGCGCCUUGAACAUACCGAAGGAAGAGUCUUCGUCUCGCAGCUGGAGCGGUAUCAGAUCAAGAUCCCGCCUAGUCGGCUGCUGCGUCAUCGCCAUGGUUCAGAUACUUGGCCCGCCGUGUGUCUUGUGCAGCGACCUCAGCGAUAUGUACGCCUCGCGACAGGUGUGGGACCCGACGGAUCCCGCAGGCAGCCUGAUCGACUGGAGGGUCAGGGGGCCGACGAAGCUUCUGGGCACCCUGCUCCUGUUUCUCUUCAUCCUGAACGGGCUCUUCGUAGUCGUGCAGUGCAAAGAUACCUGGUUCAAGCUGUACAACACGUUCCAGUACCUCAAGCGCACAGCUGACUUCGAGGUCCAGGGCCAGAGAUUUCUGUACCUUGGCGCGUUCAUCGACUGCUGGACGGUCUUCCUGUGCUGCGCGGCCUGCUACAUCGUGGUGGGGACGAGUCCGACCGUGCAGGACGUGCUCUUCGACUCCCUGACCCUGCUUUUCCUGUACAACCUGGACGAGGUCGGAGGCGACCUCGGCUUCGUCGAGGAAGAUGACUGGCCAGGCGAUAGGCUCGGCUGGAUCUUCAAGCACAUGGUCAAAGUGGACCUCUUCACGGAAGCUGCGAAGAGCUUCUGGGAGCUGAAGAGACAAGCGAAAGAGAGGAUGGCGUGCAAGAUGGGCUGCGGCAAGCCCGUGAAGAAAGGCUUCGACACCUGCUGCCGAGCCUGCGCCAAGGGCAAGGCGCCCCCGCACGACCACGACUGCGGCGAUGCCGACAAGGAGCGGUCUCAGACGACGGGGGCUCUGGCGCAGAGGACUGACGACAUCGAGCCGACGGAGCAUGUGAUGCUGAGAUCGGAUUCGUAUGAAGGAGGCGAGAGGAAGGACUUGACUGGAACGUCGGAGGCUACAUCGUCCUGGCUUGGUACACGGAUCGAAGGGAGGGGGCGGGCGGUUCCUGCCGCUCCUCGAGACCGGGAUCUACACCCCUUUCUCCCAGCUGGCGGUCGAUAA